GGAUCGGUACCUCCUAUUACGAAAAUGAACAUGAAGAGCAGUCUGAGGAUGAUAGUUGGGUGGAUGUCAUUCGGCACCGUUUAUCGGUUUUCGAUGAAUGCAGUGGCUUUCGUUCCGUCGUCGUGUAAUCGAUGCUAUUCAUCGAAGGGAUUGACCACGUCUGCAACUACAGCAAGGAAUCCGGUGCACAAUGAUAUUUCAUCGAUUUCGAAGUCCAUGAAUGAACUGGAUGGGCGCAAUUUUUCGCGGGGUUUUGCUCUCUCGUCGGGAGCAAAGGUAGAUGAGACCGGAACGGCCAAUAGCACCGUAGGAGAAACAUCCUCUCGAAUUGAGACCCUGUUUCCAGGAGCCGAAUUACUCACUAUUGAAUUAAUUGAUCACCUACCAUUGGGUUGCACAAUUGAGGAAAGCCUCCACGAAGAAGACGACUCGAUUUUUAUCAGCAAGCUCACCAAAGAAGGCAAUGCUGAGAAAGCAGGUCUGCGAGUGGGCGACGUCGUUGUGGGAGUGACUGGAUCAUUUGGAGAAUUGACCGGCACAAUCAAUUCCGAUGUUGAAAAAAUGUGAGUAGUUUGAUCCGUUCUUACGGUUGCAAAAGAUUAUGUGGGGUCAAAUUAGAUAUUGAUUUAUUGCGAUGGUUUGCGUUAUGUUCUUUGUAGAUUUGAUGACUCAACGAAUUGCUUCCCUGGACUCGUUUACAGCAAAAAACUAGUAGCCGCCGUUCCGGAGGAAGAUCCGCUUGUGAUUGAGGUUGCGCGUGGAACAAGAAUUCUCGAACGCCACGAAAGUACACUUGUUGACUUGUGCAAUUUGUCUGGAGAGAGCGAGAAAGAUGUCCAAGAUUGUGUGGUGAAUUUCUUGUCUGGCGGUUAUGACUACGACAGUGAAGAUGUGGUAUCCGACGAAGAAGUGGCAUGCGAUGACGAAGACCCAGAGUGUUUGAUUGAUGGAAUGAUGAAUCUUUGGGCAGAUGAAUUGCCACCUCCCCCAACAACAUCUGGAAUAACCGAUCAAACAAAACCGAGAUCAGCCAAAGCACCAAAACCAUGGAGUAAUAGGUCGUCACCGUCUGGGACUUGGGUGCGGGAUCCCAAAACCGGAAAAAUGCGGAACAUUGAUGCUUGAUUGGUAUUUUCGUUAUGACGGACUCUCCUUACACAACGCGUUUUAUACUAAAGCCAAGCAAGCGUA